GGCGGCGGCGGCUCCUCGGUGCAGAGGGGGAAACUCCGAGGGCUCCGACAGGAAUAAUGCGGUAGCCCGGCGGGCGGCUGGCUCCCGGCUCCGGCAGCAGCGGCGGCGGCCCGAGCGGCGGCAGCCCGAGCAGCGGCAGCGCCCCGGGCGCUGACAGCCCCGCCGACCGGCCCCCUCCCUGACCGCCGGCUGUCAAUGGAGCUGGAAAACAUCGUGGCCAACACGGUCUUGCUGAAAGCCCGGGAAGUUUCCCAGCUCUUAACCCGACGGAGCGUGCGAUCUCCGCCGCUGUUGAAAGGGGGUGGAGGAAAACGUAAAGGGAAAAGCAAGAAGUGGAAGGAAAUCCUGAAAUUUCCUCACAUCAGCCAGUGUGAAGACCUCCGAAGGACCAUAGACAGAGAUUACUGCAGUUUGUGUGACAAGCAGCCAAUUGGGAGGCUGCUUUUCCGUCAGUUCUGUGAAACCAGGCCUGGGCUGGAGUGCUACAUUCAGUUCCUGGACUCAGUGGCAGAAUAUGAAGUUACUCCAGAUGAAAAACUUGGAGAGAAAGGGAAAGAAAUUAUGACCAAGUACUUCACCCCAAAGUCCCCAGUUUUCAUCACCCAAGUUGAUCAAGACCUGAUCUCCCAGACAGAGGCGAAGCUCCUGCAGAGACCCUGCAAAGAACUCUUCUCCCCCUCUGCACAGUCUGUCCAUGACUACCUGAAGGGAGAACCAUUCCACGAAUACCUGGACAGCAUGUAUUUUGACCGAUUUCUGCAGUGGAAGUGGUUGGAAAGGCAACCGGUGACCAAAAACACAUUCCGGCAGUAUCGAGUACUUGGAAAAGGGGGCUUUGGAGAGGUCUGUGCCUGCCAGGUGCGGGCCACAGGUAAAAUGUAUGCCUGCAAGCGCUUGGAGAAGAAGAGGAUCAAGAAGCGGAAAGGGGAAUCCAUGGCACUCAAUGAGAAGCAGAUUCUCGAGAAGGUCAACAGUCAGUUUGUGGUCAACCUGGCCUAUGCCUAUGAGACCAAGGAUGCACUGUGCCUCGUCCUGACCAUCAUGAAUGGGGGUGACCUGAAGUUCCACAUCUACAACAUGGGCAACCCCGGCUUUGAGGAGGAGCGAGCCUUGUUUUACGCCGCUGAGAUCCUCUGUGGCUUAGAAGACCUGCACCGGGAGAACACUGUGUACAGAGACCUGAAACCUGAAAACAUCUUGUUGGAUGAUUACGGCCACAUCAGGAUCUCAGACCUGGGGCUGGCCGUGAAGAUCCCCGAGGGAGACCUGAUUCGAGGCCGGGUGGGCACCGUUGGUUACAUGGCUCCAGAGGUCCUGAACAACCAGCGCUACGGCCUGAGCCCUGACUACUGGGGCCUGGGCUGCCUCAUCUACGAGAUGAUCGAGGGCCAGUCGCCGUUCCGCGGCCGCAAGGAGAAGGUGAAGCGGGAAGAGGUGGACCGCCGGGUCCUGGAGACCGAGGAGGCGUACUCACACAAGUUCUCCGAGGAGGCCAAGUCCAUCUGCAAGAUGCUGCUCACCAAAGAUGCAAAGCAGAGGCUGGGCUGCCAGGAGGAGGGGGCUGGCGAGGUCAAGAGGCACGCCUUCUUCAGGAACAUGAACUUCAAGCGCCUGGAGGCUGGGAUGUUGGAUCCCCCCUUUGUUCCAGACCCCCGCGCCGUGUACUGUAAGGACGUGCUGGACAUCGAGCAGUUCUCCACCGUGAAAGGCGUCAACCUCGACCACACGGACGACGACUUCUACUCCAAGUUCUCCACGGGCUCCGUGUCCAUCCCAUGGCAAAAUGAGAUGAUAGAAACAGAAUGCUUUAAGGAGCUGAAUGUGUUUGGACCUAACGGUACCCUCUCGCCGGAUCUGAACAGAAGCCAGCCUCCGGAACCUCCCAAGAAAGGGCUGCUCCACAGACUCUUCCGGCGCCAGCAUCAGAACAAUUCCAAGAGUUCACCCAAUUCCAGGCCCAGCCAUAACCACCACAUCAAUUCAAACCACAUCAGUUCCAACUCCACGGGAAGCAGCUAGUUUCAGCGCAGGCCCGGAAGGCCACAUGGAGCCAGACCAAACCCUUCUCCUUGGAAGCAGAACUCAUGGCCAGUGGGACUUCCGCUCUAGCUGGGCAGCCAGGGGAGCCCCCGGGAAGCGGGGAAGGAGACCGUCCACCCUCGGGAAGCCUCAAGGUUUCUCAAAGAAAUUUCCACUCAGGUCUGUUUUCUAAGGCGGCCCCAAGCCAGAUGGAUUGGCCUAGCGCUUGUUGAACAUUGCAAUAGAAACCCAAUGGGACCCGACAACUUGCACGCAUUUUAAUAGCAUCCUGACUAGAACUGAUUUUGUCCUUAUUAUUUUUAAAGAAAAGUUUUGUAAAUUUCUCUAUUGUCUCAGUUUACAUUUUGUAUAUUUGUAUUUAAAUGAAAGUCAGAUUUUGAGGGUGUAUAUUUUCUGUGCAGCCACUGUUAAAGCCAUGUGUUUUAAGACAUUUUAGAGGGGCGGGGGGAGGAUUUACCAAAAAAAAACAAAACAGAAACAAAAAAAAAAAAAAAAAAAGAUGUGACUCCAGACUUCCAGAGCCUCCAAUGAGAAAGUGUUUCUAUUAAAUGUAGAAAAUGUUUCACCUUUGA